GUGAUUACUGCAAGUGGCGUCCGAGCCAGCUGUUCGCACCUUGGAUAUGACUCUACUAUAAGUCAUACGAGGCAUUAUGACAACCAAACUGAACAUAAUACUAUGAAUUCAAAUACUGCCAAGUAUAUGUGAUCAAUUCUCCUGAUCUUCAUCCUGGGCCGGAUCAGCACGUUCACAAACGUUUCCCAAGUUUCUUGGAACACUGCCACAUAUCGAUACCUGCUGGGAGUAAAAUCAAUAUUCAAUUCAGACGCUGCUCUACCAUAAUGUCGUCUAGCUUUCAGACAGAAUACCUUUCGCCUAAACCAAGACGACCGGUUGGAUCACAUCUCAAUCGAGCACCAAAUCAAUCCCCUUCCAGAAUUUCAGAUGGAAUUGGCAGUGGUCGCGCAACGCCUGUACCUCAUGAUGCUCCUCCAUCAGUCCACGCAACCUCCUCGGCCCGCAAAACCAUCAGGGCUCAGCAGAAGCAUCGGUUGUUCCCUACCAUAGACUAUGCCGCUCGUGUGUCACAUUUCGACCCAAAGAGCGAACACCGAGACUUCAGUGGCUUCUUUGUCCUCUUCUGGGUUGGGCUUGCUAUCAUGGUCAUAACCGCAAUGCUUCGAAAUUUAAAAGAGACUGGAUAUCCUUUAGUCAUCAGACAAUGGCCUGUCCUGACGGAAAAGUUGUUUGAGCUGGCUCUCAGCGAUCUUCUUAUGGUGGCUAGUUCCGCGCUCAGCUUGCCCCUCCACAAGAUGUAUACAGGCGUGAAGAUACUCCGAUGGAGUCGUCUUGGUAUGCCUCUACAGAGCCUUUUCCAGACCGCGUGGCUGUUAUUCUGGGUCAAUUGGCCAUUCCUCCGAAUUUGGAGCUGGACGUCACAGGUGUUCUUCACGCUACAUCUUCUUUCGAUCUUCAUGAAGAUGCAUUCUUAUGCAUUCUACAAUGGGCAUUUGUCCACCACGAGGAGGCGUUUGAAUGACCUUGAUCGCCCAGAUGGGGCAUCACGAGCAAAAGCAUACCGUUAUCCUGGUCGUACUCAGCGAUUACACGACUUGAAUGCUGAACAUGAGCCAUCGAAAGAGGAGCAACUUGGUCAACUCCGUGAAGACCUUGCUCACGAGCUCACAUCCUCCCUGGGUAAUGUCACAUAUCCUCAGAAUCUCACAAUCGCCAAUUAUGUCGACUUCCUAUUCUGCCCAACCUUAUGUUACGAGCUUGAAUACCCUCGAAUGCCGGAGACCGACUUCAUGGAGCUUUUUUACAAGACCCUCGCAGUGUUUGGUUGCAUAUUUCUCACAACCCUCACGACAGAAGAAUUUGUUCUCCCGGUGCUCGACGAGUCAGCAAUCCGGAUGACCGGCAUCGCCUCUUUCUCAGAAGGAUUCCUUAUCAUGGCCGAGUCUAUAUCUCGUCUCCUAUUCCCAUUCAUGGUUCUAUUCCUCCUCGUAUUUCUUAUUAUUUUUGAAUACGUAUUGGGUGCAUUUGCUGAGAUCACGCGCUUCGCUGAUCGCCAGUUCUAUUCAGAUUGGUGGAACAGCUGCGACUGGCUGGAGUUUUCGCGCGAGUGGAAUAUCCCGGUACAUCAUUUCUUUCGGAGGCACGUAUACGUAGCGUCUCGAAUCUAUGUGUCCAAAUCAGCUGCGACAGGAAUCACGUUCCUCGUCAGUGCUUUGGCCCACGAGCUGGUAAUGGGCUGCAUUACGAAGAAACUCAGGGGGUAUGGCUUCACUAUGAUGAUGUUGCAGAUGCCAAUCGUUAUGAUACAGCGAUCAAGGCUUCUUAGGGGCCGGACUUUGCUGAAUAAUGUUCUCUUUUGGUGUAGCAUGAUUCUUGGGUUGUCAAUGAUUUGCGCACUCUAUGUUCUGCUCUAGAUCUCAGCAGUUGCAGCGACUAUGAGGAUAUUCCUUUUAGUAGUGAUGAUCUUCUGUUAAAGCGUCGAGAUACCCUAUUCGCGUUCCAAUGUAUCGUUCCGUAGAGAUCUAGGCUGCAUGUAAUUACACGUUCCAAGUAUCAAUGCCUAGAUAGUUCUAGCCAUAUAGUUUGUCAUUAUUCACGUGUGAGGCAGGACUUGACAAAAUGAUGCGGAAAUCGCUUGCAAUUCCCAUGUAUUUUAUAUUCGACAUACACAGG